AUGAGCGAAGAACAACAUGAUUCAUAUCUUGAACUAAACCGUUUCAUCAGAGUUGUCCCAACAGUCAGCCUGGGAGUCGCAAGUCCACUCUUCCUGGAUACAGUACCCGUCUUUACACUGGAACUCCGUGUCUGCACAUGCUUCGAGUGGGGAAAGCAACAAGAUUCAGCGUGUGCAGACAAUGAGUUCCAGUGUAAGGACGGAUUUUGUAUUCAAGAAGAGUGGACUUGCGACGCCCAACACGACUGUUGGGAUGAUUCUGAUGAAACGCUACCCGAAUGUACUCACGCGGGGUACUGCACAGGUGCUCACCAGAUCCGGUGCAAGAACAACCGCUGCAUGCCCCUAGAAUUCCGCUGUGACGGCAAGAAUGACUGUGGCGAUGGAACUGAUGAGGUUGACUGUGCCAGCUUCACCUGUUCACGGGGUGAAUUCAAGUGCAGCAACGGUCACUGCAUCGAGGAGAUCUACCUGUGCGAUGGAGACGACGACUGCUUCGACAAAUCUGACGAACAACCCUCCAACUGCCCCAGCGGCAAGCGAGCCGUCUAAUGACAUCCUUCUUGACCAGUCAGCCGUUGCAGAUCACUGCAUUCAACCUCUAGAUAUUGCCAAGGAGCUCCCGUUUGAACUCCCUUGUUAUCCACUGCUAAAAUGUCAAUGAAACCAAAUGAAAGGACCUGUUUGGAUCGUCUAAAAUGUUGAUAUCUCACAGAUGUGGCAGAAAUCUGGCCUAACGGCCACCAGACAACAGCAAAGUAGGACUUGAGGGGAUAAGAAUUAACAUUAGUUAUUUCAAAAUACGUCGAGAAAACAAAUUUGCAUUUCGGAAAAUUAAUGAUUUAAUCAAAAUCUUAUUAAAGCAGUACAAAUAGUUAUAGGUGUGGUGAAUCCACUCCUGUACCCUCCAAGUUUUACUAUUCAUCAAGCAAAUAUAUUCCUGUACCAAAAUAUCGAGAUAAAAAUAUAUAUCCUGCGCGGCGGUGACAACACUCAUAUGCACACAAGCGCGCGUGCGACGCACACGCACACACAAAAUAGACUAAAACGUUGUACUGUAGGAAUUGUAAUAAUAAUGGCACUCAAA